AUGCCUCCAAAGUCAAAAGCAAAGGCCGCAAAACCUUCCGCCGCACCUGCAGCAAAACAAACACCAGUUGCUCGUCCAGAUUGGCCAGCUCUUACACCUGUAUCUCCAGCUUCAGAUCUUGCGUGCUCAUCUUUAUUGCCCGCUCAGAUAUUGACUAUACCACGCCUUUUUACCUCAUCAUUGAGUGUCAAAUAUGUUUCGUUUCUGAAAUCUCUGCCACUGGUUACAACUCCUGGAAGGCCAAAGCGCGGCGACGCUGUACGCGUCAAUGAUCGCUACCAAAUUGACGAUCAAGAUUUUGCACGCCAUUUGUGGGAGCAGACUGCACUCAAGGAAUUGAUCACGACAGGCGAAAUCGAUGGAGAGUCGCUCGACGAUAAACAACGUCAAGAUCUAUUCGGUGGCGAAGUUCUAGGCCUGAACCCGAACAUCAGAAUCUACAGAUACUCGGAAGGACAAUUCUUCGACCAGCACUAUGACGAUUCCAACAAUUUAAUGUUUACCAAGGAAGAUGGCACUAGCGUUCCAGCAAAGACGACAUGGACGCUGUUGCUAUAUUUGACAACUUGCGGAGGAGGCGAGACUGUCUUCUAUCCUGAUCCGCCAUCCAGAAAGGCCGCUCCCCCACCACCAGUCGAGGCAAGCCCAAAAGUCGGUCUCGCAUUGUUGCAUCGCCAUGGCAAGGAGUGCAUGGUCCAUGAAGGGCGUGAAGUGACGAAGGGUGAAAAAUGGAUCAUCAGAAGCGACUUGUGUGUCAAGCGUUGA